AUGUGGCGGUUGUUGAUAUUGCUGGCCUGCCUGUUACCUCAUUGUCAGGUGCAGGCGGCCUUCCUUGAAGAGUGCAAGGGAGUGAUCAUAAAUAAAAUAGCAAACGAAAACCAGGAGUGCAGCGAGUUUGUCCACUGCGAUGGAGAUAAUUCCUACUACUGCAACGGCGAUUGUCGCGAAGCUGUCGAGUGUUAUGUCAAAGAAGUUACCACAAAACCUCCAGAACCCAUUACCACUAUUAAACCCAUAGAGAGAACUACGGAAACAACGCCUUCCCAAAACACCACUUCUACGACAAAAGUCACCGCUUCUUCUACUGAAACACCUAGUGAAGUCAUCACUUCCACUCCCAGCAGCGAUGUCCAUGUGAUCUGCAAGACGAGUGGCCGGAAUGGAGUCUAUCCGUAUCCGGCGAAUAGCAAUUACUACUACCAAUGUAUCGCCGGUUAUCUUCUGCUCCAGCAAUGCCCCCAGAAUUUUCACUUUGAUUCAGCCCAAGGGCAGUGUAUUUCCAAGAAACCCAAUCGCUCAUCGAUUUUACUCUUGUAA